ACCGGUUUUCAUUUGACCCGGCCUCCUCGUCACCGCUGGAGUCAGCGGAUACGCGUGGGUCUGGGGUGCGGCGCGGAUCUCAGUCCGCUCCUGUUUGCAGUUGCGCGGCGGGGCUUGGCCGGGCAGCCGGGACCCCGAGCGUCCUGUUGCGUCACUUCGCGCAGGAACUUCGGCCCCGGAACCUCUUUGGGCAGCUCUACUGUCGCAUCCCCUCUUCUAGCCUAGAUUGUGCGGUGACAACCGGCACGGUUUUCAGCUGACAGUUGUGACGCGCUCUCCAGGGUUUGGGCAAAGGAGACCACAGAAGGCUAAGACCCUAAAGACUAUGCCCUCUCCUGGAGAAGAGUUUUUUAGGACCAUAAGGAGAAAAACGGGGUUCCAGGACUCAGUGACCAUUGAUGAUGUGGCUGUGAACUUCACCCUGGAGGAGUGGGCUUUAUUGCAUCCUUCACAGAGGAAACUCUACAGAGAUGUGAUGCAGGAAACCUUCAGGAACCUGUCUUUAAUAGGAACCAAAUGGAAAGAUCAUGACAUUGAAGAUCAGUACAAAAACCCAGGGAGGAAAUUAAGAAGUGCCAUGGUAAAGAGACUUCCUGAAAGUAAAGACAGUAGUUCAUGUGGAAAAAACUUCAACCUUAUUCCAACUCUCAAUCUAAACCAAAAAACUCCUGGAUUGAAAUCAUGUAAAUGCAGUACAUGUGAAAAAGUCUUUAUGGAUCAUUCAUCCCUUCAUAAACAUAUGAGAUGUCACACUGAACACAAACCACAAGAGUAUCAAAAAUGCAAUGAGAAGGUAUCUAAAUGUAAAGAAUGUGGGAAAGCAUUCAUUUAUCUCAGUUCUCUUAGAACACAUGAAAGCAGUCACACUGGAGAGAAACCCUAUGAAUGUAAACAGUGUGGAAAAGCCUUUCUAUAUCAAAAAACCUUCCAGGCACACAGAAGAACUCACAUAAGAGAAAAAUCCUAUGAAUGCAGGCAAUGUGGUAAAAAAUUCAGAUCUCAAAACCGUUUCCAAAUACAUGAAAGUAGUCACACUGGAAAAAAACACUAUGAAUGUAAGGAGUGUGGGAAAGCCUUCACAUGGCAAACAAGCUUUCAAAAACACAUGGUAACACAUACUGGAGAUGGACUUCAUAAAUGUAAGCAAUGUGAGAAAGCAUUCGUUUAUCCCAGUUCUCUUAGAAUACAUGAAAGGAGUCACAAUGGAGAGAAACCCUAUCAGUGUAAACAAUGUGGAAAAGCCUUUAAAUGUGCUAAAACUAUUCGAAUUCAUGAAAGAAUUCACAGAGGAGAGAAACCCUAUGGAUGUAAGCAGUGUGGAAAAGCCUUCACUUAUUUUAGUUCUUUACAAAUACACAAAAGACAGCACAUGGGAAGAAAAACAUAUGCCUGUAAAACAUGUUCUAAAGAAUUGAGUACUCCCAGUUCUCUUCGAAAUCAUGAAAGAAUCCACACUGGAGAAAAACCCUAUGAGUGUAAGGAAUGUGGGAAAGCCUAUGCCUGGUAUAAUAACUUACAAUAUCACAUGAUAACACACACUAAAGAUGGACCUUAUAAAUGCAAAGAAUGUGAGAAAGUAUUCAUUAAUCCCAGUUCUCUUAAAAUACAUGAAAGGAGUCACUCUGAAGAGAAUCCGUAUCAGUGUAAAAAAUGUGGUAAAAAUUUAAGUUCUCAAAAAAGUUUCCGAAUGCAUGAAAGAACCCAUACUGGAGAAAAGCCCUAUAAAUGUAAGAUAUGUGGGAAAACCUUCACUUCUACUUAUGUUCAUGUGCACGAAAGAAUUCAUACUGGACAGAAACCUUAUCGAUGUCAUGAAUGUGGGAAAGGCUUCAUUUGUAGCUCAAUCAUUCGAAGACACAUGAGAAUGCACACUAGACAGAAACAAUAUAAAAUGUAGAGAAUGUGAGAAACCCUAUUCUGAUCUUAUUUGUUUACAAAAGGAUGACAAGAUUCACUAGAUAAAACCUCUUGUCAGUAUACAGCCUGGGAAACAAUUCAGUGGGCUCACAUCUUUACAUAUGAAAACUCCCACAAAUGAAGAAAUAAAAAUGUAACAUAACUAGUUGGAAAGCAAUCCAUGCCUAAUAUUCCAGAAAACCUUCAAUAUGAAAGAGCUGUUUUAAAAGUUUAUAAAUAUGUUGUGUCUACUAAGGAUAUUUCUUGAAGUGUAUCCUUGGAUGGUGGAUUUCUACUAAUUUCAGAAAUGAACAUUAAUGUGAGAUAGUCCUGUAAGUUGUCUUUCAACAGUAGUACAUAAAGUUCAGUAACUUUUUGUUUAAUCAAGCGAUGAUGUAAUUAGGCUUGAAUUUUUAUAAUGUGCUCUUCAUUCUCCAUUAAAGGUUCAUUGAAAAUAGCAGUUUGGUAUUUGUUGGGGUUUUCUUCUUGGUCUUGGGUAGCAGUUCCUAGAUAUCUGUAAUCUACUACAUAUAUUGUACCUUUUUUUACUGAGAAAGAGCCUUUUGGGGGGCAUGGUAUUUACAGAAGCCUUUUUCUGUGACUUUCUUGUUCAACACUUGGAAUAAAGUUUUAUAUAUGGCAAGG